AUGUUCUUGCAGAUGUUGAAAGACGAAUUCCCUGAUGUUAGACUGCACAUUAUCUCCAAACUGGAGCUGGUGAAUAAGGUUAUUGGAAUUGAUCUCCUGUCUCAGUCACUACUCCCUGCGAUUGUACAGCUUGCAGAGGACAAGCAAUGGCGUGUCCGUCUCGCAAUUAUUGAGUAUAUUCCCCUGCUUGCUAGCCAGUUAGGAGUCAAGUUCUUCGACGAACAGCUCAACAGCCUAUGUCUUGGCUGGUUAGGAGAUGCAGUAUUCUCAAUCCGAGAAGCAGCUACCCAAAAUCUCAAGAAAUUGACAGAAGUAUUUGGCGUUGAUUGGGCCAAUGGCUCCAUAAUUCCAAAGGUCACUGCUAUGGGUCAACACCCUAACUACCUCUACAGAAUGACAACCUGCUUCGCCAUCACCACUCUUGCCCCUGUCAUCAAUCUGAAAAUGAUUGAGACUUCCAUCCUUCCAAUUUUGGAUAGGCUCGUGACGGACGAUAUUCCCAACAUUAGAUUCAAUGUUGCAAAGUCAUACUCCGUCAUAAUAGACACCCUUAGAAAACUUCCAGAGGAAGGGACUCUCAGCGAGGCCGAUAAGUCCGGACAGGCUGCCACUCCAUCCCCCCGUGGCCAAACUAUCAUCCAGCAGCAGAUCCUUCCAAAUCUUGAGAAGUUACAGCAAGAUGAUGACGUUGACGUGCGGUAUUUUGCAACCACUGCUGCUGGAAGUUAUGGUGAAAAACAAAAAUGCAAAGAAAAGAAAAACGAGAAAUAUGCCACACCCUCCCACACACCACCCCUGAAGCCCCUAUUUGAUCUUUUCCUUCUUGUUGCUCUGUGUUAUUCAUGUCAAUUCUUCUUGACUUCGCCCCUGGUAAUUGAGAUAUAUUUCAUCAUUGAGUUGAGAUCGUGUCUCUGGUUUGGGUUGAAUCUGGGAAUUGAUGGCACUCAUGGGCAUAUUAGAGCAUGA